AUGUGUCGCAUAAAGGUAGGAACUUGCGACGAAAAAGUUUGCGAAAUCGAUAUAGAUUUGGUCGAUUUUUCCGGCACCCUGACUAGAAUGUUGGUCGAUUACGAAUUGGAUACCGAAGACGUUUGGUCAGUACCGAUUGAAGCUAACAUUUUGGAGAAGGUAAUCGAAUGGGUGAUUGCCCAUAAACAGGACCCGGCGCCGCGAUGGAAGAGAACCGAAACGAUGUCCGAAUGGGAUCAACAAUUUCUGGCAGCUAAUCGGCGGGUGCUAUUUAAAAUUGCGACAGCUGCUUCGUUUUUGGAAACUGAAGGGCUCCUCGCCACUAUCACCCAACAUCUCAUCAAGAAGUUGGAGCCUGUUGACAUUCAAAUAUUAUAA